UUUAACGAUGACGAAUCUGUUCAGCAUUGCCAUGCACAAACCUCCAGCCACGUGCUCCACAGGGGGGCGUGGUCCACCCAGUCACCAGGCUCCAUUAGGGCAAGCUCUCCAGUGACUGAGGCAGAGAGCUCAAAUCCACCAUAAUGCUCCCGAUACCAUGAACAUACAGCUUUAGCGAGAAAACCUGUCUUGUUGUUAAGAAAGCACAGUUGAAUGAUUUCAUCAAAUGUAGGCAGUCCAUCUUCAGAUCUGUGUACAAUAGGCAAACCCUCACGGUAACCUCUACCAGUGCAAGAGCCCUUCACCAUAUGAACCUGUCACAUCUGGGUCCCUCUUCCUCAGAGGAGACUCCCUCACUGAGGACAGCAACUCUGAGGGAGACAUGUGUGACCUCCAAGGACGACUUGAGACUGAAGGGAUGUGUGGCAGGCAAGCAUGAAUUAAUACCAAUUGUUAACUACUAACCUAGCUAUCUCACUACUUACCUGUCUAACUACUAACCUAGCUAUCUAACUACUUACCUACCUGUCUAACUACUAACCUAGCUAUCUAACUACUUACAUAUCUGUCUAACUACUUAAGUACCUGUCUAAGUACUAACCUAACUAUCUAACUACUAACCUAGCUAUCUCACUACUUACCUGUCUAACUACUAACCUAGCUAUCUAACUACUUACCUACCUGUCUAACUACUAACCUAGCUAUCUAACUACUUACAUACCUGUCUAACUACUUAAGUACCUGUCUAAGUACUAACCUAACUAUCUAACUACUAACCUAGCUAUCUAACUACUUACCUGUCUAACUACUAACCUAGCUAUCUAACUACUUACCUACCUGUCUAACUACUUACAUAUCUGUCUAACUACUUACCUACCUGUCUAACUAUUUAAGUACCUGUCUAACUACUAACCUAGCUAUCUAACUACUAACCUAGAUACCUAACUACUUACAUAUCUGUCUAACUACUUAAGUACCUGUCUAACUACUAACCUACCUGUCUAACUACUUAAGUACCUGUCUAACUACUAACCUAGCUAUCUAACUACUAACCUAGCUUUCUAAAUACUUACCUACCUGUCUAACUACUUAAGUAACUGUCUAACUACUGCUUCUUCUACGCUGAGGCGCCAGGCGAGUCAAGUCCGUUUUUAUUUUUAUUUUGCUAUGUCAGACCGCCAACAUGGAAGAGGAUUAUAUUUCUGACCUUAAACAUGUCUCAAAACUGGACUUUCAGUCAAAAGUGGACGUGAUGAACACAGGUAGACCAACGCCGGAGCUAAAAGGUUUGCUUCAAACUUGUUCUUACCUUUACAUAUCUGUAAUGUGUACCGUGUGCGUGUGUGCGCGUGUGUGUUGUGUGGAGAAUGCUGAUGAGACAUGAAAUAACCAGGAUCCAAGUGAAUAAGCCCCUUUUGGGUUUAUAUAUUUGUAAAUCUGACACUAAAGGAGUCAGUGCCUCACCAACCAUGAACCUCACCGCACGUCACUGCUCUUUACCUGUCUUAACUACUUACCUCGCCCUCAUUUUCCCAACGACGCUGCCACUGUUAAAGUUGCGCAAUUCGCGGAGGGUUACACAGACAGAAAUCCGCCGAGUACGGUCGGCAAACGCUCCGCCAUGUUGUCUCUCUAGUGAGUCAGCGCUUAGUAGCCCCGCCCCCUUGUAGCCCCGCACCUACAAGGGCGAAGCAGAGAGCGCGCUUUGAUCACGCGCAAUUUGAAUGAAGUAUCGAUAUUAAAAAUAUGCAAAACCGUAUCGUUUUUAACGUAUGUUUUUAACGCUUUGUAGUAUCAAUACACCGUGCUACCUUACAGCAGUAGCGGGCUGACAUUCAAGCUAACCCGAAUGAAGACGCUGGAGACAUCUCGAUGCUGAUUGGCCAAUACUCGACACCUGAUAUCAAAGCUGUUGUAUUAUGAAGGUCACCACGUCACAUUUUCUAGACUAGAAGUCUCCAUAUAGGCUGCUCAGCUUCUCAUCGGAUUUCUUUGUACAUUUACAUUUACUUUUACGAUGGGCAUAAAAUACAGCACGCAAAAGCAAGCUGCCGAUCCUCAAGAGCAUUCAGAAGAGGAAGAUCUGACUAUUGAUCAGGAGCAAUCGGACGAGGAAGAUUUUAAAAAUGCUCAGGAAAAUUUAGAAGAGGAAGAUCUGACAACUUCUCAGGAGCAAUCAAGCGAGGAAGAUUUUAAAGAUGCUCAGGAAAAUUUAGAAGAGGAAGAUCUGACAACUUCUCCGGAGCAAUCAAGUGAGGAAGAUUUUAAAAAUGCUCAGGAAAAUUUAGAAGAGGAAGAUCUGACAACUUCUCCGGAGCAAUCAAGUGAGGAAGAUUUUAAAGAUGCUCAGGAAAAUUUAGAAGAGGAAGAUCUGACAACUUCUGAGGAGCAAUCAAGUGAGGAAGAUUUUAAAAAUGCUCAGGAAAAUUUAGAAAAGGAAGAUCUGACAACUUCUCAGGAGCAAUCAAGCGAGGAAGAUUUUAAAGAUGCUCAGGAAAAUUUAGAAGAGGAAGAUCUGAGAACUUCUCAGGAGCAAUCAAGCGAGGAAGAUUUUAAAAAUGCUCAGGAAAAUUUAGAAGAGGAAGAUCUGACAACUUCUCCGGAGCAAUCAAGUGAGGAAGAUUUUAAAAAUGCUCAGGAAAAUUUAGAAGAGGAAGAUCUGACAACUUCUCCGCAGCAAUCAAGUGAGGAAGAUUUUAAAAAUGCUCAGGAUCAACAGUCAAAUUUACAAAGCCUGACAAGGAACUUCAGCAACAGGGAGAAAUAUCAAAGAGAAUUAGAGCCAGGUCAUUGGAAUUUCUUGACGUGUACUGAAGGUGACGCAGAAACACAAAAGAUGCGCAAGAUCACGGUCAGGAAAUUGAGGCGUCUUGACGGGAUGCGACGGAUCCAAUACGAGAAUGUCAUCAAGGAGAACAAGGAUUUGACUCGACAAAACAAGGAGCUGCAUCAGGAGAACGCUGAGAUGCAUCAGGAGAACGCUGAGAUGCAUCAGGAGAACGCUGAGCUGCGUCAGGAGAACGCUGAGAUGCAUCAGGAGAACGCUGAGCUGCAUCAGGAGAAGGCUGAGCUGCAUCAGGAGAAGGCUGAGCUGCGUCAGGAGAACGUUGAGAUGCAUCAGGAGAACGCUGAGAUGCAUCAGGAGAACGCUGAGCUGCGUCAGGAGGAAGGUAAACUACUCCAGCAUAAUAAGGCCCUGAAGGCUCAAAUCAACUCGCUGUUAAAGAAGGCAGCCGAGGACCAGAUGGAGGUGACAGGGUGGAGGAGCAAAUACAAUACCUGUCAGAAAAAGAUUGACAGUCUGGAGGAGAAACAUAGAAAGAGCAUGCAGUAUCUGGACAAGGAACAUAAAUAUAGCAUGCAGUUACUGGAGAAGGAUCACACAUCUGUCCUGCAGUUUCUGGUGGAGGAUCACAAAAAUAACCUGGAGGAGGAACGGAAAGAGUGCCAGCAGGCUCUGGAUGUAAAGUGUGCCUCUCUGGGGGAGGAACAUACAAAGGACCUGCAGUUGCUGGAUUCAAAGUUUAGGAACGAGCUAAAAGUAAAUGUAAAGUUGCAGGAAGAAUGCACGCUCCUGGAGGACGUGUGUCUCCAGUUGAAGAAGAAGAGUCGAGGUGUCUUUGGCAGGAGGAUGCAGGAGAGACAGGUCGAGUUGGAAAAAAUGAAAAGAAAAAUGCAAGAGACGGAGGCGACUCCUUCCAGCAGGAUGUUCCGCAGGACGGCACACAAUGGAGUCAGGCCCCCCACCCCCACCCCCAUCCUCCCAGGUGAAUCACCUUGAGGACCUCCACUAAUAUCUCCUUCUGCCUCCCGGACUGCUUACUUACCCCCAGUUGCUUCCCGGGCGCAUCACCGCAGCCCACUGCUCCUUAAUAACUAAGGAUGGGUUAAAUGCAGAGAACUAAUUUCCCCUUGGGGAUUAAUAAAAGUAUA